UUUUUCUGCUUCGCAGUAUCACUUUGUCGGUGGUCGGGACAGCAAGCCACACUCUCACCAGUGGAAACUUUUGUACUACGUAGUUUUUGCCUAUUAUUUUCAACUUACAAAGUAGGACUCUUUGUUUCGGCGCUUCUCUGGAGGAAAAUUAGAUUGAGAAUAGUGGAAAAGUUGUUGAAAAUCAUAUUUAAAUAGUGAAAUAGGUGUAAAUUGGGAAGCGGUUUUGAUUAGCCCCUGAAGCCACCAUGAUGGUCACCGGCGCCAUCCUGGACGAUCCGGACGGUUCCGGUUCGCCCUCGCCAGCACCCUCAUCUUGCGGCUCCACCUCGUCCACUCCCAAGCGCGAGCAUCCAUCGCCAACGGAACAGGAAAGCUCCGUUGGGAAGCCUCCCGCCAAACCAACCCCGAACGAACCCGGCCUGGACCCGCAGAAUCCGCGCCUCCUGUCCUCGCUGUACAACUUCCUCGUUAUCGUGAGCAUCUUCCUCGUGGGAUUCGCCGCCUUCCGGAACACGUUGACAUGGCACUUGCAACGCUUCUGGGGCGCUUCCGGCGACUUUUGGCAGGCCCACUGGGAUAGGUUCAUCGAUUUUACCGGAGAAGACCCCGCGACCCUGUGGGUCCUCAGCACCACCAUCUUCACCAUAUUCGUGUACUGGUUCUUCGGCGGAAUCUACACCGUGUUCGACCUGACCUGCAAGCCGGCCUGCAUCCGGCGCUACAAGAUGCAGCCGGGAACGAACGAACCCGUCGAUCGGACCCGGCUCGCCAAGGUGAUCGCGCAGGUCCUGAUGAACCAGACCGUAAUCGGCAUCCCGAUGGCUGUCUUUAUGUACCAAGCGAUGCGGUUCCGCGGGUUGAACGACCUGCGCGAGCUGCCCACCUUCCACUGGGUGUUGGCCGAGUUGGCGUUCUGCAUUUUCAUCGAGGAGAUUGGGUUUUACUACGCCCACAGGUUGCUCCACAACCGGCACAUCUACAAGUACAUCCACAAGCAGCACCACGAGUGGACGGCGCCGAUCGCCAUCACGGCCAUUUACUGUCAUCCGGUGGAGCACGUGUUUAGCAAUCUGGUGCCGCCGUUUUUGGGGAUCUUUAUGCUGGGAAGUCACGUGGCGGUCGCUUGGUUGUGGUUCACGCUGGUAAUACUGUCUACGUUGAAUGCCCACUCGGGGUACCAUUUGCCGUUUUUCCCGAGUCCGGAGGCGCACGAUUUUCAUCAUUUGAAAUUCAACCAGUGCUUCGGCGUGCUGGGCGUCCUCGAUCGGGUCCACGGAACGGACACGCUGUUCCGCAACACCAAGGCGUACGCCCGCCACAUCAUGAUGCUGAGCUUCAUGCCGGCGCGGGAGGCCUUCCCGGAGCCGGCCAAGAAGGCGUUCUAAAAUGCUCUUAUUGAAAGAGGUUGAAUUGAAAGAAAAAUCGAAGAGUGGCUCGUGAUUACGGUUUUCAUGGAAAACUUUAAAAGUGAAAUGUUUAAAAUUAAAAAAAAAACUUAAAUGUACUGUGAAAGGAAGAAGAAGAAGAACUAGUUUUAGUGAAAUCAUUCAGCAAACCGCUACUGCAAUAUGUGUUUUGCACCGAAAAUAGAAGUCAACCAGCAGACAUUGAUUGUACCUUUGGAACACUCACACAAACUGAGAGAGCAUCUCCUCUAGCUAUCAAACUAUCUUCAAAAAAGUACAGAAAAAUAGAAAGAAAAAAAAACCUAUUAGAAAAAAAAACUGAAUGUAGUUAUGAGAUUAUACACCAACAAAAAAACGAAGCAUGAACUAAAACUUAACUCGAUUUUAGCACUGUCAUCAACAUUCUUAGAAGACUGGAUUCUGAUCGUAAAAGAAGAAAAAGAAAAGAAAGCGCCUAACUCUUAUGAGACAGAGAAAAGAGCACAGAGUUUGAACUGGUUUUCAUGUAAUCUUAAACUACUCCUUAAGAAGACAACUAUUAUGGCAUCACGUGGAUUAUGAAAUCUAGUCAUACCAAACACAUACACACACACACAGAUACAGACAUACUACUAUGCAUAUAUUUAUAUAUUUCCACGCAAGUUAGAGUGUAGCAUUAUGUAACUAAACUACAGAAAAAAGGUGAAAUAAAGUGAACAUCAUUCUAAGUGUAAAAA